UGGUCUAUUAAAGGACUGGGGUUGUCUUUAUUUAUACAACCCUCAGGGAAACACAACUGCACUAGAGAAAAACGACACAUGGAUCGUUCUAGCCAAUAGGAGUCAUUCGAAAAAAUCUUCCAAGUUGCGCGCGGUGAAUAUAAACCCAUGUUUCUCAAGCAAAUCCGUCAUUUUCUGCCGUUACAUCAUUUGGUCAGAAUAGUUUGUGUUUGAUUAUCGUGUGAUUGUGAGUGUACUCAUGGCUUUGCCGGAUCCUAUGCCCACAACUUCAGAAGAGCUUUCGGGAUUGAUUGAGAAAGCGGAUAAUCUGAUUGCGGAAUGAAAAGGUUAUACUCUUGCCGAGAAAUCCUGACGUACUUCCACUCAUACAUUCAAGCUGUGCUUCUGUGGAAUGAACUUUCGUGGUUGGUCUGUUGUGAAGGAGGACUUGCUGCGUUUUAUCGGGUGUCUUGGUUCAAGAUUGACCUUGUCGACUUCUACAAUAAUCGUAUAAAGACUGAUCCUGACAACUCUAUGGACUCUGGCUUCUUGGAGCACGAUUCGGACGAAGCUGACAGUGACGUUGGCGACGAGAACGACGAAGGAGGCGUGGCCGUCCUAGCUGACGACACUUUUGACGAACCACCAUCAGACGCGGAGAGCGAAUUCGUGCCGGAAACUGAGGACGAGCUGGAGGCUACUUUGCUGCUGGAGGAACUUGACUUGGCUGAACGAGAGGAGCUGAUUGCGUACAUCAGUGCCGAGAAGCGUGGUCAUUCGGAGGUAGACAACGACGACGGCGACGACGAUGACAACAACGAACCGCCAGCCAAGAAGCAGGAGAUCGAGGUGAUUACUAUUGAUUAAAAAAUGGUUCCAUCAGUGCAUUUUUUCGGCCCGUAUUGUUUUUUGAAUGCUGUU